GCAUCACAAUUACUUUAAAAAUCUGUGGCAUGGAGAUAUAGUUUGUUUAUGAAAAUGCCAUUCGGGAGUCGGCUAACAAGGUGGGUUAGUCGACCAUUCCAGGACUGUUUUGGAUCGUCGAGAGAAAAAAGUGUUGACAUUGUGAAAUACGCCGAUCUUAGAAACAAUGAUAUGUUAUUGCCAGUUGAGAACGGACACGGUAGAAAAGGCGUACUUAUUUUCAGACAAAAAAUCAAUAGCGGCGGAACUAGUUUCAUCUAUGCUGGUGUUACAUGUAUCUCAAACAUUCGAUACCCAGUAGCUUUCAAGGUCGUCAAGGAGAAACAUCGCGAUCUGCUACUAAAAGAAUACAUGAUAAUGCGUUCUGUUUGGCACGAAAAUAUCCUUCGAGUUUGGGGAAUAUAUUUCAGCGUCAGAGGAAGUGUCGUCAUCAUGCGGAUGAAUCUUGCGUAUCACCGUGAUUUGUACUCGUAUAUAAGCACUAUGGAGGGUUAUGCGACAGAAUAUCUGUUAGACAAAUGGAUGAGAGAACUUGUUUCUGCAAUUAGUCACGUGCAUAUCAGUGGGUAUAUUCAUGGUAAUCUUAAUUACGAAAACGUUUUGCUGACCAAAGAUUUGUCAAUCAAAGUCGCCGAUUUCGGAUCUGCUGAUAAAAAAGAUACGUUCAGACUAACCCGAUAUGAUCCAACGUUUGUUCCUCCGGAACUCAAAUUCCGGUUAUCAGAAUCCAUUCCACACGACUACAAUCCCUGCCUCAUUGAUAUUUGGGGUGUUGGGGUCGUGUUGUUUUUCGCUCUGACCAAACAUCUCCCAUUCACGGAAGUUGUAUCUAUGUCCGCCACUGACGUUCACGGAAAUUGCCCUGGAGAUACUUUGCUUUAUCAAAACGACCGGAAACAAUGCAGCGCCUCCUACGUCAAAGUUGUGAGUAAACUUAUGGAUUAUAACGCUGGACGACGCCCACAGCUUUUUUUGGUCAUUUGCCAGAAUUAUUUUGAUGAACCACAAAACGAGGAGGAACCGCUUGAUCUUGAGCAGUUUUCGUAGAAGAAAUGCGUACACGACUACCUCAUAUUUGCUAUUUAGAGUCAGUUUCUCCUAUCCUGUCAUUACACAGAUGUAAUUAAUAUUCAAGGAUAUCCCUUUAGCCAAUAAAUUUCAUAUUUAUUCC